AUGAGCGCGUUAUUCGAGACCGUGGUGCAGCGGUUCCGGGGGCGUGGAUGUGGUGGUUGCGAAUGCGGGGAUUAUGGAACCGGGGAGGGGGGCGUGUUGGAUUUGGAGGAUGUGGAUGUGGAUGUGGAUGUCUCUCCGCCUAGCCAUGUUCCAUAUGAAGAACAACAACAACAACAACAACAACAACAGCGAAAAACCAAUCUCCCCAUCCAUCGUGCUCAUUACCUCUACGUCUGGGUAUUUCGGGGGCACGGGGGUCGCGGCCUACGUGGCGUCCAAGCAUGGGGUGGUGGGACUGCUGCGGGCGUCGCAGGAGGUUGCGCGACGGUAUGGCAUUCGGGUGAAUGGCGUCGCACCGUUUCUGACCCCGACGGGUAUAACGGCAACGGGUUUGCCCAGCGUUGGCAGGAGGCCGGGCUGGAGACGAAUACCCCUGAGCGGGUGGCCGAGGUGAUCGAGCAGGUUGCGCUGGAUGAGUCGCGGGGGGGGGAGUGUGUUCUCGUGAGUACCUGUCUGUGUCUGUCUGGACCUUGA